CGCUAGCCGAUUUUUGACUGUCUCUCGGCUACCGUACUCGUACACUCGUUGCGUCGUGCCUCUCUGUUGUCGGUGUUGUGAUAUGCCGUAAAAGCAGCCGCUACACCGGUGUCUCGCCGUUCCGUGGUACUGUAGCACUUCACCGUUCGUCGCCUGUGCCCAGCCUGCGUGCCGAUACCGAGCUGUGCGAAGCGCUUGUGCUGACAUUGGCGUCUAUGUGAUGAAAGCCGCACUCUUGCUCCGGGAUUGCUCCCCGUGAGGCCGCCAGUCAUCCCGUAAAACGACAGCGCUUCGACGAUAACGAAGCCAUCUCUGAUCAGCGUUCGACGCGAAGCCGGCUGACAUGGAGAACUCCAACGUGGAAGAGGAGCACAUCGUGAUGACCCCCCGCAAGAAGGCGGAGGGCCAGACGACCAUCAAGAUGGAGCGGGUGGCUCGGCAGGCGCUCGACAAGGGCAACGUCAUGCACGAGGCAGGCGGAGACCACCGGGGCAUCGUCAUCAACCGGCUCGCCAGCAGGGAUGACGAUGAUGAUGAUUCACCCGAGAUCUCAUUGGAGUUCCGUGUAUUCCUCACCAACGUGGUGACAGAAGUCCACACACGGGAAAGCAGAGAGCUCAAGUUCUGGUUCAAGCCGGGGGUGACCAAAAAUGACCAGCGCCAUUCCGCCCAGGAAUUUUUUAAAGAAUUGGUCAGUCCCAGUGACUUUCCCAGAGAUUAUGUGGGCUUCAUAAAGAAGAUUAUGAAGCUGAUGCAGAUUAAGUAUGUCAACAUGCGCAAGGUGGAGAUUGAAAUGCGACAACUGGAGAACAUUACUGAGCCUCCCCGACGCCCGAUGUCUCUAGAUGACAGUACACUUGAGGCCAAGAUGGAGCUCACUCAAGAGAAGGUCCUGGAAAUAAUUGAGUCAGCUUAUCCCAACCCUGUGUCCCUCACUGAACUCUCCAAGAACACCAACCACGCCCCUGAAGAAGUUCAUCUGCAUCUGCGUGAGCUGCUGUCAAAGAACCUCAUCAAAGAAAUGGAGUCUGGGAGCUUCACCCGUGUGGUCCAGAAUGACACUGAGGUGAAGAUGGUACGCCAGAUGCCGACAGUACAUGGCUCGCAGCAGCCAACCAUUGCCAUCAUCACUGCCCAGUACUGCGAGAAGCUGGCCGUUGAUGUCAUGAUUGAGAACAAGAACACUUUCGUGCGCUACAAGACUGAAGGCGAGUCCAAUGUGUACACCCUGGGUAACAUUGGUGCUCACAGAGUGGUCUCAACGAAACUUCCCGCCGUGGGCCAUUCUCGAGCGGCCAUCAUAGCUGCUGGAAACACGACCACACGUCUGCUGGGCACUUUCCAGAAGGUCGACUACGUCUUCCUAGUUGGCGUUGGAGGCGGAGUGCCUCACUACACCGACCACACCCAGCACGUCCGCCUGGGGGAUGUGGUGGUGUCAGCACCUAGGCCAGUGCCAUCUGCCACAAAUGGCAACACCAAUGGUGGCACCAAUGCCAUGACUGGCCAGCACGUGUACCUGUUUGCUGAACAGCAGCAUCGUUCCCCUGACCACCUGCCGGGCAGCCGUGAGCCCUCCCCGACAGAGCUUGCCUACAGCGUCAAGACAUGGUGCCCACCUGAGCUCAGGCUGCAGGAGCUGGCUGAACAAAUGUGGCAGCAGGGUGCCGCAGACCCUGAGCUGCGACCCUGGGAGCGCUACAUUGAAGAUGGUCUGCGGGCUCUGGCAGACCAGGAGUCGGAUUUCGCCCGCCCCCCAGAGUCCUCUGAUCGACUCUACAUGUCCAUUGGAGCAAAGGACCUCAUUGAAGUGGCUCACCCAGCUCCUCCUCCAGGAGCAUCUGACCACAGGCUUCCCGGGCGGCCAGUGGUGCACUUUGGCAGCGUCGCCUCGGGUCUAGGCAACGUGGUGCGGGAUGACAGCCGACGGCAUGCACUGGCUGAGGAGUACGGCGUGCGAGCGUUCGACACCGGCUUCGACACUGUCGUCGAGUCUAUUUUUGGCAACCGCAAGGACCACUAUGCCUUCAUCCGUGGUAUCGCCGACUACAAGGAUGGCAGCAAGGGCCGCGAGUGGCAGCCAUGUGCUGCACUCGCUGCAGCCGCCUUCAUGAAGGCUGUUGUCUGUGCCCUUGACCCUGCUGAAGAGGACUGAGUGUUGUCCUUGCCAUGUUGCAUAUCCUUCAUUUUUAGUUGCUCUGAUCGCAUUCUCACAUUGCAACUGUUUUGUGACAUUAAGUGAGCCAACUUGCCACUUUGCACUUUCCAUUUCAACAUUUUAGAGAGCCCUUAUAGGGAAGUAUUUGGAAGGAAGCUAAUUUGAGCUGUCUCCACUAUUUAAAAUUUCAUUGAAAUUCAUUGUUAUAUGUGUAUCUUAGAGUGAUACAGUAGUUAUUUGUGAACGGGCAAAGUACAACAUGUAGUAGUUGUCUUCAUCAGUUGUUGACAGUCCCACCAGUAAAAGGAUUGAGCAGUUACUGUUAGGCAUUGAACUCACUCACAUUAAACUUCCUUUGCAGAACAAAAUUUCGUUGCACUCUAACAUUUAAAAUGUUGCAGCCUAGUGCAUACUAGUACACUUUAUACCAAGCACAAUUUGACCUUUUCUUGAAUAUUUCCUAUAGAAUGUGCCCCCUAGAAUGUAUGACAUACGUUGAGAAGGGGAGGCGUGGUACACCCUAUGGUACUUGUGCAAAAUCUUACCAGUGUUCACUAUCAAACCUAUUGACUAUUGGUUGAACUCAUUUCUGCACCUUCAGGGUGCAUGAUUCACACAGAGUAAAACAUAUAUUCUUUGUGAAUAUGCCAUCAUGCACAUGUCCCUAUUCCUUGCGCUGGUGCUCUCUUAUGCCAUGUUGUCUGCUGGCCGUCAAUGGAUGAUGACACGCAGAACUUCACAACUCAUACUCCGGCCAUACAGCUCAAGUGCCCUCAUUAAAAUGUGGAUUGGACACUAGAAAAAGGGAGUAAACUGACACCCACUUGCUGAGAACACGAAUGGGAUUGCUGCACAUUCAAACAGACUCCUUGCAGUACACAAGAGCGACCACCAGCCUCUUAAUACAAUGUCAGCACUUGAGCUCCAUGGAGAUGAAGCCUCCUUGUGAAGUUUUAUAUGUUGGCAACAUAUGGUGAGGGCACUAACAGCUAGCAGACUCCAUUCCAUAACAUAGUAUAUAACACAUAGGAUACAGUGGUUGACUAGUGUGUAGAAGUAAAGGGCACUAGCCUCUGCUGAUCAUCUAAACCAGAGAUACCUUUCCAUGUUGAAUGCCACACGUAGCUCCAAGGCAGUUCUGCAGCUUCCAGUGUUAUAACAGCUUCUAGUUUAACUAUACACAAAGUUAUUGAGAAAGUGAAGGUUUUUUUUCCAUGCUGCAAAAUGGGUGGAAAAUGAAAAGGAUGAACUCACUGAAGCACUGAGUGCCAGAGCCCAGAGCUGUUUGUAGUCGUUGUUUCCAUAUGAAUAAGACACGCAGGGAUGUACUAAAUUGUUCUCUAACAAUGCCCUAGAUCACCGAUCACUGAUAGUACUUGGACCACAAGCAUUUGCUGCCAUCCUGCCUUUAUGAUCUAAACAUUCAUGUUGUUUCACAGUAUUGUUGUUGCACAAAUUUUAGAACAUCAUGUUUGUCUCUGUAACCUAAAUGUGUUCCCUUCUGUUAAAAAGCCAUUGCAGCAAUCCUUUUUGUCUAUUUACAGCAGUCAUUGCCGCUGCUCACAGCAUAAGCUAUUGUUGAAUGGAAAUGUAAUUUGUUCAUUGAAAGACUAAGUAAGGCCUUUGACCUUUUCUGUACAGGUCAGGCACAACAUCAAGCACUAACAAUAUUUUUUUUGUAAUUUUAAUACUUUAUCAUGCAAUAUCAUAGUCACCACAGGACGCUCCAGCACUGGCAUGUACUUUACUGAUUUGUCACAAAAUGGUUGCAGUGUAUGAAUGCACCCCUGUGAAUAAUGCGCCAAAACAGACUCAACCUAGGGAAAAGGAAAGUCAUUUGAAGAACUGAAGUGUCUCUGAGAUAUGUUUUAUUUCUGAAUUCUAUUCAUUUUGCGUGGGACCUGUUUCGAGAUAGGCAGGAUGCCAAGUGGACAGGUGCUAGUCUGCUAUGCGUCUGCAUGAUUAUUGUCGAAUGUGCUGCUUGCAUGCUCCUUUUGUGCGUUUGUUGGAUCUCUGUUUAUGAAGCUUCAAGCCAAAUAAUGCUCUUUGUGGGCUGAGCCUGAAGGUCACCAUGGCAGACGGAACAUGCAGAGUUAAUGCGUAGUUAUAGCAAACUACAGUUCACUUGGGCUUACGCUACAGAAUUGGUCUGGGUUUGUAUUUGCCAAGUUUUACCUGUCGUGUCGCCACUGUGCAAAAAGGAGGCUUGCAAGGUCUUUCCUUCUUUUGUCAGUCGAACCUUAGUAUAACGAAGUCGCCUAUAGCAUGAAAAUAUGUUGAUUAUAUAGACUAUGUUUAUUAUAAGUGUAUUGUCGUCAUAUGCUAAUAUCAGUGAUAAAAAAUUCAGAUUUACUUUGUUGUAUUCAAUAAUUUGUUAUGUCUGUGUUCGUUAUAUCGUGGUUUGACUACCUACAUUUCUGGAGAUAUUGUUCCUUUCCAGCAGUUAGUGAAAUGGGUUAUCAUUAUCAUUUCUUACAUGAGUGCCAGGAGCUCUGUACAAAAGUGACUGACAAGUGACUCAUACGCUGUAGGAAGUUAUGGUGCAGCUGGUGCCUGGUACAACAGGAGGUGAGCGAUUAUGGGAGAAUGUUGAUGCAACAUCAGCCAGUUAUUAUCAGGUUAAUAAAAACUGCUGGAAGUGAAGUAAGCAAGUGAUUACCAUAUUUAGUGCUCGAUUCUAAUCUGCACCUUAUUUUCCCCCUAGAAGAUGACAUAUGCAUUAGAUUCAGGUAUGAAACCGAAACUGUAAUGUUGACAACCUAUCAUCAUUGAUGGGGAAAUAUUCUAUAAUUCAGUCCAAUCCACAAGUUGUUUCUCAGUGCUAUCGCGGACCCUGUCAAGGAGGAGGAGGAGACAAAGGAGGGGAAAGACAGGGAGGUUAGCCAGUGUAAGUACCGGCUGGCUACCCUGUGCUGGGGAAAGGGGUAAAGGGAAUAAAAGGAGAAAGAAGAAGAGGAGGAAAAAAAGAAAAAAAAAAAAGAAAAUUCACAGAGUAACGCGAAACUACGCUCUACAACGUUCAAAGGCGGUCACACAAUUCGCAUGCCCUUAAAAACUUCAACAAAGCCCUUAAAGACCCUGUCAAACUUGUCCAUGUUGUCAAAUUUGCGAUCUUAGCAUGGAAGCUUGGGCGCCACACAGAGCUGUUGUAAGUUAGCGCUGUGUGCGUCUCACUCUCUCAUGUCUAUCUUUUUUGCACUGUGUCGUUUUUUUUUUCUAUCCUAAUUACCAUCUCUGAUUGGCUCAAAGAGCAGCUGUAUAUGCCUUCUCAGAUUGACUCACAGCACCAACAUGGUGGAAUUCAACAACAUAGUGGAAUUGACGGUUUAUAGAAUAUCACCUCACUAUAGGAGCUGCAGUAGCUUUUGGCCUGCUCCACGAGUUAGGCUGCCAUAGUCUACAAUGCAUUUCAGAAAUGAAGUUUCAGAAAGGCUCUUGAUGACAGCACUGAAGAUGCUGGCGCUCUGGGGCUGUUGACAGUGGUGAGCAGGCAUGCGACAGCGACAUUGAGUGAUGCGCAUUCUGCUUUGGCUCACAUGCAAUAACUAUUUUUUUGUCCAAGUUAGAGCAUAUCACCAUUAAUCUCUCUUUUGCCGUGAAAACUGGUGAGUGAAAUGUCAAAGGCAUUGCAUUUAUUAUUUCCUGAAGCAUCAAAAUCGGCGUGCGCGGUAAAAUUGAUAGCACAUUAGAACUGAGUAAAUACGGUAAUCAGAAAGUUAAUCCAAUUCUUGCCUGACCUCAGCAGUUACUGCACUUUCAAGUGGUGCUUCUCACUUAACACUGCACUAGGCAUAAGAGGAUUGAAUUCAAUACAUUGCGCUCUUGAUGUCGUUAAUUGAUAGCGAACCCAAUGUGUACCAUACACAGCGUCUCCAUAUAAGCAUAUAGUAGCUGGAUACUUAUGUACAGGCUAGGAGUGAACAGCACCUAGCUAUGCUGCAAGAGUGAAGAGCGAAGAACAAAGUUACACCAUUGAUCUUGUACUUGUGGAGCGAUUAUAUGGUUUUUACCUGGCACGCAACCUGGACAGGUGAUGUGGGAUGCAUUCUUGUAUGCUGUAGCUUCUAUGUAAAACUCUUAAUCGAACUCUCUUGUUUAACCAGCAGUUUAGUUUGCCAUUGGCAUCAGUUUGCUCUGUCAUCACAUUUAGAAAGCAGCACCAUGUGAGAUUUCUACAGUUGCAGUAGCUGUCUUUCUAGCACUGACACCUUGGCCCUAGGAACAGCGAAAGUGUGGCUUUGUCUUUAUGUACAAAUUGCAGUGACUGCACUUUUGAUGUUCACAGAAGUUAACAUAUUUUAAACCCACAAGGAGGAGCGUUGGUACAGGAGUGUAGACCUUUUGUAUUUUUCUUCCUUCUACUGUGCUACCACUGUCUCCUGUAGCAAAUGUGUUGCUUGAACAGCAUUCUGCCUGUUUUAUUUCAAGUAUAACUGGUUUGUGGUUGUCAAGGUAUCCUAUUCAGAAGGUUAUGUUCCCAUGCAUCACAAAACAGGUAGCUGUUUUGCAGACUCUAAGGCUCUUCUUUAUACCAGACCAGAAUCUAAGGCUAGACCAGACUCUAAGGCUAUUCUUUAAUACAGGCUUAAAGGGGCAUUAAGGAGAAACUCCAAAUCAGUUUGAGAGAAAAUAAAAAGCAAGACUUCUCCUUGAAAUUUGCGCAUGUACAAACCACAGCAUUGGUGAGUGCAACAGAUUUCGCUGCAUACCAACCUCUUCAAAAUGGUAAAAGUGCUCAGAAGCUGUCAGACUUUGUCAUCACUUACUUUUGAAUGCAGUGUAAUCAUUCUGUAUUUGGAAAUGUCAAAUUGCCCCAAGCAGGCGAGGUCAAUAUCCCCCAUCACUGUAAGGAACUUACAGUCGAUGACAACCUAGUAAUGCAAUAGAUAAUACACCGCCAUCCAACUGAAGGAAAAUGUGUACAGAUAUGCCAGCCAAUUACGUCUGCUCGUUUCCUUGAUAGAAAGGUCGAGGCAAACUUCUUUCAAUAUCAGCAUCACUUGAGUACUGUGUUUUGGAGCGCAGAGGCGCAGCGAGCAGGUGCCCUUUGGCUCUGUGGGCGAAGCUUGUACUGAAUUAUUGAACGGUCACAGACUAUCAUAAAUAAAUUUCAAGGUUCCAUUGCCAUCUUCUUUUUAUGUGGCAUCCUUUGAGGCUUAUCAAGCUGUGCUCACAAUAGGACGGUAAUUCUAAAAGUAUAUUCCAGCAAAAUGUAGCUUAACUUGUUGUUUCUCUAUAGUGUGUCUUUAAGGUGCUUUAGUCAAGCUGCACUGCAUUUGCUCUGUGAUUGUAGCCAAUGUAGUUGUCACGAGAAACACAAAUUAGUGUUCCACAGUGAAAACAAUCUUUACAGCUUGGUUGCAAUCGCACUUCGAGUGUAGUAUCCCUCUAAACUUGUUUUCCUUUUGCUGUGCGGGGUGUGCUCAAUAUACAUACACACACUUCAGUCCUUCAGCAGGAGGGAAGAGAAUGUGUAGUCGUCUUGCAUCUCGACUGCUGACAUGUGUCAAAACACCAGAACCCGGUUUUCUUAUUCUGAAUUCUGUUAAAGAAAAAAGUUUACACAAGGUUGCAGUGCAAAGAUAACUCAUUUCACUGCCUCUGACUUGCAUUUCUGGGUGCCAGCAGGAUGUCAAAGGCAACAUUCACACUUGUGACUCACCAAGAUCCUGCUACUGAGCACAACUGGCAAUCAAAGAGUCACUCGCAGCAACCAAUGUUUAGACUGGCGAGUGCAACCUGCCCGCCGCCACACUGAAAUGUGUCACAAUAAAUGUUGUUCACAUGCGUUUGCGCCACCAUAAAUAAGCAUCAGUGUAUACUGAUGUCUUGGCUUUGCUCAGGCUGCUGAUUGGUUCAGCAAGCUUUGUGCUCCCAGUUGCAGGAGCGGCAAAAUGAGCAGUGAACGAAUGACCUAAAAGGGCCACUUUUUCACCAAAGCAGCCAUCACUUUGCUCAUGUGAUGGUCGUGUGAGUCAGGUGAUCAUUUGGUCAUCUGAGCUCUGUGACUCACAAGUGUGAAUGCCGCCUAAAACAGACAGGCGUUGCUGUAAGAGGAACUGCCAAGAGGUGUUCUGCCACAUUUCUGUUGGCAAGAAAACGUGUGGGAUUUAUUCGCUAGCAUGAAAUGUGUUUGUUUCUUGUAUCAUACAAACAAUCUGCUGUGUGGACGAUGCUUGAUUGGUAGCGCACCGAUGCAUCACGCAUGGUAUCCCAGGAGACUCAUAUUUUGUUUUACUGUGAUGUGUUAGAGCAAUGCAUCAGUAUGCAUUAGCUGUGGUCCAACUGAGAUUGGUGGCGCACUUGCAAUAUGUAAAUACAACUGGUCUCACUGUGCCAAAGGAAAAUGUGUUGAUUACAAGAUUAUACACACGUGUGUUAAAACAUAUGCUUCAGAUGUGUGGCAGGCUGACGUCCGCUAAUUCCUGAACAAUGAUGAGUUCACGAUGGUGUUUGCCCAUGCUAUUUUUACAUAAAUGCUUUUGCAGUGAUGCAGCAACCGGCAGCUGCUUGGGCAAGCACUUUUACUGGUUGUGCAACCUUCCACAUGCUUAUGUGCAACUCAGACAUGCGAAGCAUGUUUGAUACAGCAUUGCAUGGCAGGCAUAAAAUACACAAACAGUGGUACUUUGAGGGGAAGGUAGACAGCCAUUGCUUGCAUGGUGCUCAUAUCGGGAAACAUGAGCUCCAACAUGAAGAAUAACACUGCGCUCGAACUUUGGUUUAAUCAUAUGGAAAGCAGUAUGUCUUCAUAGUCAGCUAACUUGAAAAGAUGAUCACCUUUCUAUACUCUGCAUUUAUUGGUAUUCAUAAAUCUUAAUCUGGAUAGUAUAUGCUUUUUAUUCAAAGUCGAUGAAAGGUAAUAUACAUGCAGUAUUUCUUUUCUAUAGAGAAGACUAAGCUGCAGGGUUAUGAAGCAUGUUUAGGAAAGACGUUUGCACUCAGGCAUGAUUUGUGUUCGGGAAAUACGUUACCGCUGUGACCAGAAGGCCCAACUUGCCACUAGAAUAUUCUUGAGACAUUAAAAGGAGGUCAAACUUGUUUGCAUAGAGGAACUGAGUGUGACUAUUGCUUUCUUGCAUAUUUGAAGGCACAUUAAUUAUCCUAAUGUCUAGAAAUUGUGCCAUUGUGCAGGAGGCUCUUAUAUUUCCUGCAAACUGUCACCGUCUGGAGCAAGAGUAUAUAGCUUUAAGCUUCCCUGACAGCAUACACGGUGACUCAUAGUUUUACAAAGGCAAAUUGAAAACAUUUGGCAACUGAUACAUUCUUUGUUCAGUUUUAUGCUGAGAAUUUCUUUUUAUUCUUGUUGCCUCUACAGGCUUCCUUUGUUAGUAUUAGAUGUGAAUGUAAUGCCGCUAGAAGAUAUCAUGCUCUAUCUUGUGGUCUGUAGAGGUCAGAAACUUGGCUUGAAUAGAAACAAUGCCAUAAUGUCAGUUGAGUUUUUGUGCAGGACCCUGCCUUGAAAAUCUUAAUUUCAGAGAGUGCUAUUCUGCUGCAAACAUUGUGUUUGUUUCGUCUUUGAGAAUACUGACUUGAAUCGUGUUUCCAGUGCUGAUUAUUUUGACUUUAAGGAAGACUAGAAUGACAGAUGUUUGUAUUGUGCAUUGUGUCAUCGAUGUGCUUAGUCAAGGCAGAGCUUUUGGUUGUCUUCAUGCUGUAAACAGAAAGAGUGUGCGAAGCAUUCCUUAGAUGUUCAGAGGGCAUCCUUGUCAGGGCACGAAGGUGUCCAGAAUGCAUCUCAAGCGAGCCACCGUAUGACUUUUCAAGGACAUGAUAGGGUUGUUGUAGGAAACACGCCUGGACUGUCCCACAAAUGUCUCAACAAGGACGUUGCUGUGACAUUGUUUUACAUAGUCUGCAAAGAAGUUUCCAUAGCAUACCUUCACUGCUAUUUUGAGACUGCUCACUUAGCCUUGUUGUAGGCAUUGGAAAAUGCACUGAAGUUGCUGGAAAAGGUAGUAUACUCUUAAGGAUGCCCAGAACAAACAUCAUAUAGUCUUGAUUGACAGUGUCUUCCUCUCACCCGGGAAACGUUGAAACAGAAGUAAGAGGGCUUAAUUGCCGUUUUUAAUGCUCAUCUGCUCGUUAAGCCGAGAAACAGAGUAUACAUAUAGAUAUAUAUAUUUCAUUGCUACAGUGUAUAAAAUGUGCUGGCAUGUGUGUCGGAGCUGGUGCACCUUUGUUUGUUUCAGGAAUGCAUGAUUUUACUUUGUGUGUGCUCUACGAACAAAGUGACAUGACUAUUUGAUUUUAUUUUUCUAAAAGUUGCUUGUUUCAGUUGGGCUCUGCCGUGAAUACACAGCCCAGGUGACACUGAGUGUGUCACAAUAUUGUUUGCCUUCUCCUCCUCCUGUACCACAAGUGCUCCCUUAGAGAGAAAAUAAAGACGUUAAUAUAUUCCCCGCGCAAA